CACCGUCUCUCAGUUUGCAUCCUCCUCUCCUCUCCUCUGCCCACUCGCUCUGAGCUCCGUCUCUCUCCUCCUGUCUGCAUCUGCUGGCUGCUCUCCCCCUCAACCCUGAGAGGGCUCUUUUGAGGCGUCUUCCUCUGAACAUCUGCAACGGCUUUUCACCCAAAAGAAGUAAAAUCUUCUUUUUUUUUUCCUGAAGCCUGCGAGACACUGAGACCCAACCGUCACCAUGGAGGCCAUCAAGAAGAAGAUGCAGAUGCUGAAGCUGGACAAGGAGAACGCCAUCGACAGGGCAGAGCAGGCUGAGUCCGACCAGAAGGCAGCGGAGGAUAAGUGCAAGCAGUUGGAGGAUGAGCUGCUCGCUCUGCAGAAGAAGCUGAAGGGAACGGAGGAUGAGCUGGACAAGUACUCGGAGGCCCUGAAGGAUGCUCAGGAGAAACUGGAACUGUCGGAGAAGAAGGCCACAGAUGCGGAGGGCGAUGUGGCAUCUUUGAACCGCAGGAUCCAGCUGGUGGAGGAGGAGCUGGACCGCGCACAGGAGAGACUGGCCACGGCCCUGCAGAAACUGGAGGAGGCUGAGAAGGCGGCAGAUGAGAGUGAAAGAGGCAUGAAGGUGAUCGAGAACAGAGCCAUGAAAGAUGAGGAGAAGAUGGAGAUCCAGGAGAUGCAACUCAAAGAGGCCAAACACAUCGCUGAGGAGGCGGACCGCAAAUACGAGGAGGUUGCUCGCAAACUGGUGAUCCUUGAGGGUGAGCUGGAGAGAGCAGAAGAGAGGGCAGAGAUUGCAGAGCUUAAGUGCGGUGACCUGGAGGAAGAGCUGAAGAAUGUCACCAACAACCUCAAGUCACUAGAGGCCCAGUCUGAUAAGUACUCUGAGAAGGAGGACAAAUAUGAGGAGGAGAUUAAAGUCCUGAAUGACAGACUUAAGGAGGCGGAGACCCGUGCAGAAUUUGCAGAGAGGACAGUGGCUAAGCUGGAAAAGACCAUAGAUGACUUAGAAGACGAACUGUACACUCAGAAGCUGAAAUUCAAGGCUAUCAGCGAGGAGCUGGAUCAUGCCCUCAAUGAUAUGAACACCUUGUAAACCUUCAUCUAGCUCCUGAUGUUUUUCACUUUCUCUUGGGUCUCACCUGAUUGGAAGCACUCUGUCACUUCUUUUCUCCCUUAGCUCUCACUGCUCCUUGCUCCUUUUGCAUUAAACUAAAACUCAAUAAAGAUAUUUUUCUCUUUUACCUUGUCUUCUGUCAUUUCACUUUUCACUACUCUGCAGCUAUAAUAUUUAUUCAGCAUUAUGAAAAGGUCAAAUUUGUGGGUUUACAUGUGCCAUGUCUGCUCUAAAAUGACCCAUAUCUUACCCA